AAGACAUUCUACAGGAGGGAGUUCACUAAGUGGAGAUCAGUUCAGGUCACACAGUCUAACGUUACAAUAAGAAAAAGUACUUUCUAAGAGACGUGAAAAUGAAUUUCCAGAGUUUGUGUCCGUAUGGACUGAAGAGCAUAAUGGAGUGUAUUUCCAGAGCGACACUCCUCUCUCAACCUACCGACAUCCCCGACUUUUUAUUCCAGUAUAUGUCGGAGCUGAUCAGCUUUAGAAGAUCUCACCCAGAAGCUGAUCCCAAGGUGGUUUCUUUCCGCUACCAAGAGCUGUGGGAAAAAAAAUUCCUGAGAAACAUGAAGGGAACAACAGAGACUCCAAUCGCCACCACAGAAAAGUCUGCAGCAGCACCACAAGUUCCAUCUCAGGCCGAGAUAGAUGAGGCUCUAAAGGAGAAAUUGGGAACAAAAAAAAAAACAGGAAAAGACAAGAAGCCCUCUACAACUCCCAUGUAUUCACCACCAACACCACCUCCCCUUGUUGGAAGACAGUUUGGGAAGAACGUACCAACAACUGUCCAUAUUGUUAAAGCAGAAGGAAAGCCUGCACCACCUCCCUGUGAUGUCAGCAUGAAGACACGUAGAGUGUCCUCAGUGAGGAUUGCUAGUCCACAGCAGAGCAAAGAAACCACUGAUGACGUAAAGAAAAUGCCAGAAACACACCAACGCAUGCUGAAACCAAUUCUAAAACAAUCCUCAACACCUACAGAUGUGUCAGCUUCAAAAUCCAUUGCAGCCAGUAAGCCCUCCAAACUUCCCAGUAGCCCGGUGCCCAUGAUUACACAAAACCUUGUUCUCCCACCUAUUCCACAGAAGAAAACCAGAGGAGACCAGAUAUCUGUGGUCCAAGGUAACGGUGUGUCCCCUAAACCUUGGAAAGGGUCACCAAUAAACAGGGAGGUGGUGUCAGAAGAGACCAGUAGCAGGUCUCCAGUAUGCACAGCAAUGGGGCCAAUAAAGGCAAAAGCAGAACCUAAAGGAGCCAGUGUACCAAGGCCAGAAAGCACUCAAGAACCAAGGGAACCAGAAACAGAGAGCACUAGUGCAGGACGUACAACACCAAAGGUCCAGGAGCCAGAGAAGAAGAAUGGGAUUCAACCUAACAGGCCACCAGAGAAGACCAGAGCACUGGGGCUAAUAAAGACAAAGCCAAAUCCUAAAGGAGCCAGUGUACCACUGCCUGAAAGCACUCAAGAACCAAGGGAACCAGAAACAGAGAGCACUAGUGCAGGACGUACAACACCAAAGGUCCAGCAGCCAGAGAAGAAGAUUGGGAUUCAGCCGAACAGGCCACCAGAGAAGACCAGAGCACUGGGGCCAAUAAAGACAAAGUCAAAACCUAAAGGAGCCAGUGUACCUCUGCCAGAAAGCACUCAAGAACCAAGGGAACCAGAAACAGAGAGCACUAGUGCAGGACGUACAACACCAAAGGUCCAGCAGCCAGAGAAGAAGAUUGGGAUUCAGCCGAACAGGCUACCAGAGAAGACCAGAGCACUGGGGCCAAUAAAGACAAAGCCAAAACCUAAAGGAGCCAGUGUACCACUGCCAGAAAGCACUCAAGAACCAAGGGAACCAGAAACAGAGAGCACUAGUGAAGGACGUACAACACCAAAGGUCCAGCAGCCAGAGAAGAAGAUUGGGAUUCAGCCUAACAGGCCACCAGAGACCAGAACACUGGGGCCAAUAAAGACAAAGCCAAAUCCUAAAGGAGCCAGUGCACCACGGCCAGAAAGCACUCAAGAACCAAGGGAACCCGAAACAGAGAGCACUAGUGCAGGACGUACAACACCAAAGGUCCAGGAGCCAGAGAAGAAGAACAGGAUUCAGCCUAACAGGCCACCAGAGACCAGAACACUGGGGCCAAUAAAGACAAAGCCAAAUCCUAAAGGAGCCAGUGCACCACGGCCAGAAAGCACUCAAGAACCAAGGGAACCAGAAACAGAGAGCACUAGUGCAGGACGUACAACACCAAAGGUCCAGGAGCCAGAGAAGAAGAACAGGAUUCAGCCUAACAGGCCACCAGAGACCAGAGCACUGGGGCCACUAAAGACAAAGCCAAAUCCUAAAGGAGCCAGUGUACCACUGCCAGAAAGCACUCAAGAACCAAGGGAACCAGAAACAGAGAGCACUAGUGCAGGACGUACAACACCAAAGGUCCAGCAGCCAGAGAAGAAGAACAGGAUUCAGCCUAACAGGCCACCAGAGACCAGAGCACUGGGGCCACUAAAGCCAAAGCCAAAUCCUAAAGGAGCCAGUGUACCACUGCCAGAAAGCACUCAAGAACCAAGGGAACCAGAAACAGAGAGCACUAGUGCAGGACGUACAACACCAAAGGUCCAGGAGCCAGAGAAGAACAGGAUUCAGCCUAACAGGCCACCAGAGAAGACCAGAGCACUGGGGCCAAUAAAGACAAAGCCAAAACCUAAAGGGGCCAGUGUACCACGGCCAGAAAGCACUCAAGAACCAAGGGAACCAGAAACAGAGAGCACUAGUGCAGGACGUACAACACCAAAGGUCCAGCAGCCAGAGAAGAAGAUUGGGAUUCAGCCUAACAGGCUACCAGAGAAGACCAGAGCACUGGGGCCAAUAAAGGCAGAUCCAAAACCUAAAGGAGCCAGCGUACCACUGCCAGAAAGCACUCAAGAACCAAGGGAACCCGAAACAGAGAGCACUAGUGCAGGACGUACAACACCAAAGGUCCAGGAGCCAGAGAAGAAGAACGGGAUUCAGCCUAACAGGCCACCAGAGAAGACCAGAGCACCGGGGCCAAUAAAGACAAAGCCAAAUCUUAAAGGAGCCAGUGUACUAAGGCCAAAAAGCACUCAAACACCAAGGGAACCAGAAACAGAGAGCACUAGUGCAGGACUUAUAACACCAAAGGUCCAGGAGCCAGAGAAGAACUGGAUUCAGCCUAACAGGCCACCAGAGAAGACCAGAGGACGGAGGGUACUGUGGGCAGAGAGGGCAAGAGUAAAGCCAAUAGUAGACAGGACAAUUGGAGGCAUUCAGGGUACAGCCUUCAGUAGACCAGUUUCUGUAGCAGAGGGCACAAACAAUCUGAAUCUAGCACCCCUUAGCUCCUCUAGCCACACUUGCCCUCAUUUACAGCAAUGUAUCCAUAUCAUAAGAUACAGGCGCAUGCAGGUAAGAUCCUCAUCUUUAGGCCACAGUCGUCCUUCAGUAAACUCACAUGAUCACUAUGGAUUAUAAUGAGGACUCCAACAACAGAAAUACUAAUGACCCCACAGUGAUUUUGAAAUGCCAGAAAAAUUCAGCUGAACUAAACUAAUGUCACGUUGCCUACCAUGCACCCAUCAGCCUUGGAAGGGGGUCCCCUCUUGUGUGAUCCUUCACAAGGUUUCUUCCAUCUUUACCUGUUAAAGGGUUUUGGGGGGAGUUUUUCCUUGCCCGCUUGAGGGGGGGUGGCCUUAUCACGUGGGUUUUGUGUGACUUAGUUAAAUAAGUAAUAGUUAAUAAAAGUUAAAUGAGUUCUGUUUAAAUUAAUAAAACCAAAUAAAAAUCAAUAAAAUAAA